AUGAGUGCCCUUGUCGGAGAGUACCCGACAAACCCGCUCCCCCAGAAGCUUCCCGCCGCAAAGGGCCUUGCCACCAAUGUCUUCUGCUGGGGCAUCGUCAUUGCCUGCUCAGCUGCCGCCAAGGCCGUCAAGGCUCUCACGGUCGACUUCGAUGUGGGUGAGUAG